GUUUCGUUGGGACGUUUUUCAUUUUUGUUUCCAAUGCUCUCAUAAUUCGCUCUUCAUUGUUGCGCUGUCGGAUUUUCUCGUCUCCAUAAGCUCCAUAAGUGGUGGAAUUGUACUUCCAAAUUUCCAUAAUAUACAUAAUAUAUAUAAUUUUUUUAAUUUUGUAAUAAAAGAAUAAAGUGGAAAUAUAUAAACAACUAAAUUGUUGUUGGAACGUCUUGUUGUUGUUCUUAACAGCAUAUGGUAUUCUUUUGACAUCGAGUCUAAUUGUCAAAUUCCUAAAUUAUGAACUCUGAAGAAGAGCGAAUAAAAACCUUUGCCUCUUGGCCUGUCAAUGCGCCCGUUUAUCCACUAGUAUUAGCCCAGAAUGGUUUUUAUGCGACAGGAAACUUUCUUGAAGCAAGCUGUCAUUGGUGUAACUGCUGUAUUAGCGACUGGGAGUACGGUGAUGAUGUGCAACAAAGACAUUUGGCAGUUAGUCCUCACUGCGAAUUUGUUAGAGACAAUGCUAAUUGUGGAAAUAUACGAACACAGGAAUUUCCACACACAACUUCAGACGUUGACAAUGCCUCUGCUCAGAUGACUUCUGAUACACAACAAUCGUCAGAUUUGAUGAUAGAAGCAAAUAGAUUGGCAACAUUUAGAAAUUGGCCGAACCCAAACAUUUCUCCUCAGUCUUUGGCGAAAGCUGGAUUUUUCUACCUGAAUCGAUCAGAUCAAGUUAUGUGCGCUUGGUGUAAAGGAGUAAUUGCGCAGUGGGAAAAACAAGAUAACGCAUUUCAGGAACACCGUCGAUUUUUUCCCGGUUGUCCCCGCGCUCAAUUAGGACCUCUGAUCGAAAUGGCUAGUGCUGGAAUAAGAGAUUUGGGCAUUCAACAAAUUUCUCCCGCAAAAAAUCCCAAAUAUUCCUCUUUGGAUGCUAGACUACGUACCUAUACGAACUGGCCAAUUCCCGAUAUCCAAAAACCCGAAAGUUUGGCUCUGUCGGGGCUGUACUAUCAGGGUGUAGAUGAUCAAGUUCGUUGUUUUCAUUGCAAUAUGGGAUUACGUUCUUGGGAGAAAGAGGACGAUCCUUGGUUUGAACACGCGAAAUGGUAUCCUAUGUGCCAAUUCGUACGUUUGGUUAAGGGGACUAAAUAUAUACAAGAAGUUCAGGAAAUGACCCGAAGAACUAAUACGGCAGAGAAUUGCAUAACACCUGCUAUGAAUAUUGAUGAAGCUAUGUUAACCCCUCCAGUCCGGUUAGCACUUGAGAUGGGUGUAGAUGGGGGUGUUAUACGCAACGAGACACUACGCCAACUCAAUCACACUGGAAGACCAUAUGAUACUGUUGAGGAUCUUUUAAAGGCUGUGUUUGAUGGUCGAGAAAAUAACGAAGAGCCGAGCAUUUCGAAUGUAGAAACGUCAUGCACGAGUGUCUGUAGAGGAAUGACAAACUCAAACUCUGAAUCAAUUGCACCAAAUAAUACUGAAGAGGAGGAAAGAAUUGUUGUCCCAACUUCUGGAGACAAUAUUGGAAUUGAUAAGACAUCAAUUGAACCCAAAUCUAUAUCAAAUCUUAACACAUCAUCAACAUCAAAGGGGGAUGAUAUGCCAAUACCAGAGUUGUUAUCAUUAGAAGAGGAAAAUCGAAAGCUAAAGGAUGCUCGACUAUGCAAGAUAUGUUUGGAUGAAGAAGUGGCAGUAGUUUACCUUCCCUGCGGUCACUUGGUGUCUUGCGUUCAAUGCGCCCCCGGCGUUGAGCAGUGUCCAUUGUGUCGCACAGCCAUAAAAGGCUUUGUUAGAACGUAUCUUUCAUAAGUUUAGCCUAUAUUUAUUUCUCCGCUUGUUAAGAAAUGUAUUUCAAACCUUAUGCAUAAUAAAGUGUCCAUAGUUGCAUGUGACAUUAAGUGAUACAUUA